AUGGUAGACAGGGUUACAGAAGCUUUUAAAACUCUCAAUGCGGAAUCUUCGGAUUUAUAUCUAACUGGAGAUAUAGAUCAAGUGGAUGAUUUAGAUCCCUUGACUUUCCAUAGGGACUAUGUAUCCAAAAACAUGCCUGUUGUAAUCAAAGCAGGGUGUGCAGAUUGGCCGGCAACUAAAAAAUGGAGUGCAGACUACUUUAGAGAAAAUUUAGGCGAUAAAGUAGUAACGGUUACACUUACACCGAAUGGUCUGGCUGAUGGUAUAACUAAGAAUGAAAUAGGAGAAGAAUAUUUUGUGACUCCUUAUGAGGUUGAGAUGAUGAUGAAGGAAUUUUUAGACAUACUAUAUCAGAAGAAUGAGAAUAUAAUCCCAUACAUCCAAAGACAGAACUCAAACCUCACAGAAGACUUCGGUGAACUUAUUCAAGAUGUGGAUAAACAUAUUAGUUUUGCCAGCAAAGCUUUUAAUAAGAAACCAGAUGCCAUCAACUUUUGGAUGGGAGAUGAAAGAGCUGUGACAUCAAUGCACAAAGAUCCCUAUGAGAACAUUUACUGUGUUAUCAAUGGCUACAAAGACUUCAUACUUAUCCCACCGACAGAUUUACCUUUUGUUCCAUACAAGAGAUAUCCCCAAGCCGAGUUUAAGAGAACCGGUGAUAAUUGGAGUAUAGUUCCUAAAACUACUGAUUUAGAGGUUGACGGAGAAUUACCUUGGAUUUGUAUAGAUCCCUUGAACCCAGAUUAUAUGAAGUACCCGGAGUUCAGAUUCGCUAAUAAAUUCCAAGUUCGUCUAUACAAAGGCGACUGUUUAUAUUUACCUAGUCUAUGGUUUCAUCACGUGAGGCAGAGCCACGGAUGUAUAGCGGUCAACUAUUGGUACGAUAUGGAAUUCGAUAUAAAAUAUUGCUAUUUUAAAAUGCUUGAAAAGCUAUGUAAUAAAUAUUGA